AUGGAUGAUCGUCCAUUAAAAAUAAUUAAUUUUCGAGGAGGAGGAGGAGGAGGAGAAGAAGGAGGAGGAGAAGGAAAAAAGGGGGGCGUUCGUUUUAUCUCCGCGCAUUUAUUAAAACAUUGUCUCCAAGGAUUCAGUCUCGGUGACGAAUUGGGAUUCGGUCAAUCCCUUUCUAAUUUAGAAGGGAAUAAAAGAAGAUCUACGAAUGGGAGAAGCGCAGGGGAUUUUAAUAAUAAUUUCGGUGAUGAUGGUGGUAACGGAAACGGAGUUGGCAGUAAAAAAGCAAUAGCUGAAACGGGUAGAAUGUAUCAGGGAUCGAGUUUAAGAUCACCGAGUGGAACGUAUAAAACAAAUUCACAGCCUUCUACGAUUCCACCCUUUAAACCGAUUCCACCGCCUGAAAAACCAGCGGCUGCGAGUCCUUUGGGUUACGCUGUCGGUAACGUCAUGACGGUUGAUUUGAACGGUACGAGACCCGUUAGACAUCCCACGUUCACAGUCAAUUCGAUACCUAAUUUUCAAGGUCUUCCAUUAUCCGUAUCGAAAAUCCAAACGUCGGUAAAAGCUCCGCAAGCUUUUAAAAAUGCCCUGCAGGCGGCUACGAAUAAUUUCGGGAUGCAAUCUUCGGUUGCCGAACAUCUUUACAACAACAAACUCACUCACAGAGCACCCGUCAUAUCGACAAACGGACCUCAAGUAAUAAACGUCGUACCGCCGUCUCAAAUCGAUAGAAUAUCAAAUACCGGAAGUGGUAAACUUCUUCCAACGGCUAUACCCGUUUCUAAUUCCGUAACGACGGAAAAAAUAAAAUCAUCAUCGUCAGACGUUUUUAAAACGGGUUUGAUGGGCGACACUGUUAAAACUCUUUCUGCUGCCACGAACGUUUCCGCCGAAGCCAUUGCCCAAGCUAUUAAUCAAAAACAACAACAAUUGUUAAAACAGCAAAAAACUCAAAAAAUCGUUAAAUCCACGACGAGUACGACGACGACGACUAUAGCGCCGCCAAUUCCCGAACGGUACGUUUCGGAACCAACAAGAAAAUAUCCGUUGGCAGCUCCGAGUAGAGUAAUGAACGCGCCCAGAGAAUAUUAUCCGGUCGGCUACGAAAAAAAUUUCGACGAUAAUUUCGUAUCGAAAGUCGAACUUCCGGAAACUUCUUUCUAUUGCGGUGAACAAAAACAUUUUCCCGGAUUAUACGCCGACGAAGAUUUAGGAUGCAUGGUUUUUCACGUUUGCGCUUUCACGGACGACGGACUCAUAAUGAAAAGUUUUCUAUGUCCGGAAUCGACACUUUUCGAUCAAUCGAUAUUGAAAUGCAAUUGGUGGUUUUACGUUGAUUGUAAAUCAUCGAAAAAACUCUACGAUUCAAACAUUCCAAUAUCUAAAAGUUAUCAACUAAUGAAAGCUCUCUCAUUUUUUUCAACCUACAACAAACAAAGAUGA